CGGUCAAGGUUUCUCAACAGAGGAUACGGUUCUUACCGUGACCGCGUUCAGCUCAGACUCUCGGACAGUUCGGCAGUGAUGGAAGAGCAGCAAGACUCAGUGGAGUCAGACCACAGAGGUUCGUCAGAUGAUGCUUCAGUUCAGUGUAAUGGCAGCCAUGAAAGAAGAAGAACAGGAGUGGAGCUCCAGUCUGGACCAGGAGCAGCCUCCACAAGGCCACCCUAUUAAAGAGGAAGAGGAGGACGAGGAAGUGACAGAGUUCUCUGUCAACAUUUUGGUGAAGAGUGAGGAUGAGGAUGAUGAGGAUGAAGCUCAGUCCUUGCAGCUUCAUCAGAGAGAGGAGGAGCCUCCACCCUGCUGCUCACCUGGGCACAUCAAAGCAGAUGGCGACUGUGGAGGUCCAGCCGGCUACUCAGGCGCACGUCUGCCCUCUGACCACCAAGGGACACUCUCUUCUGAAUCUGACACAGACAACAGUGAAGACUGGAGGAAUGCCAAGAACCCUCAGUCGAGUCCAAACUCUGAGAAGAGAGACCAUCAGAAGUCACUGAUCUGCCCUGGAUGUAGCAAAGUUUGCUAUUCCAAGUCGGGACUGACCCAGCACCAAAGCACCUGCAGCGGAGGGUCGUUUACCUGUUCCGUUUGUGGGAAAUGUUUCACAAGACGAGCGCAAAUUAAGAUUCACAUGCGAAGUCACUCUGGAGAGAGACCUUUCACUUGCUCUGAAUGUGGUAAAUGUUUUAGUCAGCAAAAGCACGUGAAAGACCACAUGAGAAUCCACACAGGAGAGAAACCUUUCUUCUGCUCUGAAUGUGGCAAAACAUUUCGAUGUGGCAACCACCUGAAGUUUCAUAUGACAGUCCACACGGGGGAAAAGACAAUCUCCUGCCCAGAGUGCAGGAAGUGUUUUAGCUUAACCAGCUACCUGAAGAAACAUAUGAAAAUACACACAGGAGAGAAACCGUUUGCUUGUUCUGUUUGUGGAAAGUGUUUUACUUGGCGGGGACACCUGACAAGACACAUGAGAGUCCACACUCGUAGAAACUAUUCUCCCUCUAGGAGUGGAGAGAUCUGAAGUGCCAUCCAGAGUCAAGCUCCAUGUUGUCCUUCAGCCCUGUGGUCUGUGCUAUGCUGCUGCUGUCUUCCACUCUUCAUUCUCUGUCAGCGCAGUCAGGACAGGCUGGAAGAGCAUGAGUGUCAGGAGAAUCACCGUCAUGUGGGCGUACAAAUGUUCAUGAAUAAAUAGAU